UAAAAGAAAUCUUCAAGACGUUUGACAUCGAGCUUAUAGAACAACCCUUUUCGUUCAUUGAUUUAGUUAUGUCCAUUUAACAAUCUCGUUAUCAAUACUUAGACGGUCUCUAAGUGCCACCUAAGCUUUUGCCUCAGGCUCCAGUUCUGUUCACAUUUCACAAAGGAUUGUUUGAGAAUUAGGAUCUAACAUUAUAUGACCGAUUCCAUGAAUUUUGGACCUGAGUGGUUAAGAAACCUCUCUUCUGAGGGCUCCAGUACUGGAGGUUCUGCAGGAGGAGUGAAGUAUCAGUUAGCAGACCAUAGAUAUGGUCGAGAAGAAAUGUUAGCUCUUUUUGAAAAAGGAUUGCCAGCACCUUCUUCUUUGACUAGUUUUUCAACAUUAUAUUCUGAACAGCAGUUAACUCCUUUGGCACUGUUACCACAGUCAGAAGAAGAGAGGUCUUGGCAGUCUCGUCCUAUACCACCAGGAACAUUAGGACGUGGAAGAGGAAACUCUUUGGAACGUGGUAGAAUAAGCAGAGGCCGAGGUGGUUAUCAGUCUUACACCCGUCCAGGUUACGAAGGAUCAGGUGGUUGGGGUAAUGGAGAACACUCAGAGUGGUCUCCAAGAAAGGAAUAUAGUCGGACUUCCUCAGUCGACAAUUGGAGACGUAAUCGAGGAGCAGAUGAAGAAGAUGGAUGGAGAUCAAGGAGUGGCAAUCUAGAAAAAUGGGGACGUUCAGCAAGUUGGAGAGAGAGUGGUGAUAAUGCAGACGACAGAGGAGCACCUCCAGAUAGAAUGAAUCGGGGCAGUUGGCAUGAGGGACCUCGUGGACCUCCUCAUCGUCGUCAGUGGGGUGAUAGCGAGGAUCAUCUACCUGAAUGGGCAACGGAAAAUCCUAGCGAAUCGGGGGGAAGUUUUGACGCUAGUGGUGCUUUUCAUGGUUCAGAUGAUGAACAAAGGGAGCAAAAUUCGUCUUCAAGGGGAUUUAAAAAGGAACCUCCCUUACAAAAGUCGGCGUCUGCUAAUAAUAUGUCAGAUAAAUUACAUCAAGCAAACUCACAAUCCCUAAAAUCAUUAUUGAAACAAACCACUGAGGAACUUACUGAAAAGCACCAACAGGAGGAAAGCAUUCUGCAAGAGAAAGGGGAAGAGGAUGAAAAAGAACCGGUGAAAGAAAACGUGAAUGCUUCUAAAAAGAUGGAUAAAAGUGCAUUAGAACCUGAAAAGGAUCCACCAAAGACUGAUAAAUCAAAAGUAGAUGUUAGGGAAAUAAAUGCUCCAGUUACCGCCAGUAAAGCGGAUGAUAAUUUACGUUCUAGUAAUAGAGUUGAUGAGGACUUUGAUAGGCUCCAGGAGGAUUUGGUACAAAAAUUAGUGGUCGAAGAAGACCUUCCAAAUAAGCAGAAUCUGGACAAUUUUGGUUUAGGUUCUGGCCAUGGUGUCACCCAUCCUCCUCCUAAUCUCGUGCCUCCUGUACAGAAUUCUUGGUUUUAUCAAGAUCCUCAAGGUGAUCUGCAAGGUCCAUUUUCUUCGACAGAAAUGGCCGAAUGGCAUAAGGCCGGUUACUUCAGUAAUGCGUUAUUAGUGAAACGACAGUGCGACGAAAGUUUUUAUCGUUUAGGUGACUUAGUAUCUUUAUGUGGCGGCAAUCCUUUCCUUUCUCCCAAACCAAUUCCGCCUCUCAAAUCGGACGUAUCAACAAAUGUAACGAAACAAUUGGAACUGUUACAACGGCAACUCGCUCUUAACCAAGCGACUGCAAUGCGGACCGCUCUCGGUCAAAACGAAUUUUGGACCAAUCUUAAUGUGCUACAACAGCGUGAACUUUUAGCCCAACAUAUGAUCCCCCAACCUCAAAUGGCUCCAGAUUUGCGGUAUUUGCAAGCAGCUUCAAAUCCUCUGAUGCAAAUGUUUAAUCAAAUACAACAGACUAAUAAACUUCCCGGUCAACCGAUAACCGAUAAGCCCACUCCACCCAUUCCUCCUCAGCUCGAUCCGAUCCAGUCUUUCAUUCAACAAAUGGGAGGAACAUUGCCUACAAUUCCUAAUCCUCUCCAAGCAGCUGGAACAACUCACGUAGGGGGAUUGCCACCAAAUAACAAUGGUUUACCUCCCAAUUUGCAUGUCCCACCUGCUGGACUGUCAUUCCCCAACAUACCACUAGCUGCAGCAGCUGCAGCCGCUGCAGCAGCAGCUUCUUCCAUGCCUUCUGUUGGUAUGCAAGGUAUUCCAACAGCACCGACUACAUUAUCUGCUGGAGGUACCACUAGUAAUGUACCCCAUAAUUUACCUCCACGGCCAAAUCCUUUAGGAGCGGUUGAUCCGCUGUCGUCUUCUGGAGCUUCCACGGAGAAUGAUCCUAUUAAAAGCUUAUUGAGACAGUUGCAAAAUAAUAAGCCGCAACAGCCUACCGCACAAACAGCACCUAUAGAUACUCUUUGGCAAUCUAAUCAACAGUAUGGUGCCGUUCCACCUAAAUCAAAUGCACAGUCCCAGUGGUUACCGCAGCAAUCGAAUGAUGCUACUUCCGCAUCAGUUUGGGAUCUUCAAGGGUCUACAGUUGUUCCUAUGACAGUAGCACCAGCCAAUGCUUCAUCACCCGCUGUUCAUGACGUUACUCCGCCAACAAGCUUUAAUGAUACCGAAAUAGAAAAGGAAUUUAUCGAUAAAAAGAAACGCCAAAAAGAGGAAGAAAAUGCAAAGAAGGCCAAGGAGGAAAAAGAGAAAGCACGUGAAUUAGAGGAGCAAAAGAAAAAACGUGAAUUAGAAGAGAAAAAACGAAAGGAAGAACAAAGAAAACAGGAAGCUGAAAAGAAAGCGGCGGAAGAAAGACGUAAAAAAGAAGAAGAGAAAAUAAGGAAAGAACUAGAAAAGGCUAAGAGAGAAGCAGAAGAAAAAAGAUUGAGAGAGUUGGACGAGAAAAGGCGAUUAAAAGAACAACGAAAGGCAGAAGAAGAAGCAAAGAAAAGAACUGAGGAGAAGCGACAGCAGGAUGAAGAAAGAGCGCGACAAGAAGCAAGAGAAAAGGAAGAAUAUAUUCGCAAGCAACAAGAAGAGAAAGCAAAACAUGAAAACAGUAUUAGAGUAUCACGAGCGGCACCCUGGAGUCAGGCAUCUCCAGCAUCUGUAACAGGAACGAGUCUGGCAGAAAUACAAAGGCUUGAGAAAGAAAAGAAACAGGAGCAACUGCUACAUUUACAAAAACAACAGCAAUUGUUGCAGGAACAACAACAACUAUCUGGUGAAAAAGUUUCUGUAUCUACGAUGCCUUUGGGUUGGGCUAAGCAACCUCCAGCAACAAAAAAAAUCAAAUCGUUAGCCGAAAUACAGAUGGAAGAACAGGAGCGUCUCGUAAAGCAAGCUACUGAAGCACGUUUAGCCCAAAUAAAAGAAAAGGAGGCGAAUCCAUCAACAUUUGUUAAUGCCACCGCAUGGAAAGGCAUUAGUUGGGCUAUUGCCGCUUCUCAGUGGAAUACCAGCGGUUUCUGGGAAGAAACGUCUACGCCAAAGUCCUCAACGCAAACUAAACCGUCCUCAACAAGUACGAAAAACGCGGUAGUUAAUAAUCAGUCCAAGCAAGCAAGUUCUAAACAAUCAAAGAGCAAGGCAAAAAAAGAGGAGCAACAGGUAAUGAAGUUGUUUGGUGGUAGUGCAAACAGCACUGGAGGCGGCACUGGCGGUAACAACAAGCAGGAUGAGUUCAUGGAGUGGUGUACCAAGACUCUUUGCAAAAUAGAAGCUUCCAUUGAUAUUGAAACAUUCGUAGAAUUUCUUCGCAAUGUAGAGUCAGCAUUAGAAGUGCGUGAUUAUUGUAAAGAAUACUUAGGCGAUAGCCCGUCAACUUCUCAUUUUGCCACACAGUUCCUCGAAAAACGACGUCUUACAAAACCGAAAAACACGACGCAAAAAGACGAUAUGAGUUCUCCAGCUCCAGCUAUUACACCUUCGUCCCAUCUAACAGAUUUUCAAGAAGUUAAGGGCAAAGGUAAGAAGACAAAAAAGUCAAAGAUGACAAAGAUGGAUAAAAGCAUUCUUGGAUUUUCUGUAACAGCAGCUCCUGAUCGUAUAAAUGUUGGUGACAGGGACUAUGUUGAAAAUUAGUCACUAACCUAUGCCCUCUCCUCCCCCUGACAGGAUUUUGUGCAAAGAAAACUUUAUUUUAAUAGUAUUUAUGAAAUAAUUGUAAAGUAAUUUUGUUUUACUGUUUAGUUUUACAUAAAACUUCAAAUUAAACAGUUGUUUCUUUGUAA